GCGGGUGUGGGCCAGCUGGUGCCUGGUCCCGGAGGGCGGAUCGGUCCCUGCUGAGGCUGACGUUCUCUUUCCCUCCUGUCCUCCGACUGGCCUUUUCCAGGUGUCUGACUUAGUCGGCCUCCAGAGCCGAAUCUUCCUUUGGUGGGGUCCUCAGCGAAGGCCGCUGCCAUGCCGGUGACAGUGACCCGCACCACCAUCACGACCACCACAUCGUCGUCCUCAGGCCUGAGCUACCCGACUAUCGUGGGGUCCCCUCGGGCGCUGACCCAGCCCCUGGGCCUCCUCCGCCUGCUGCAGCUGCUCUCCACCUGUGUGGCCUUCUCUCUGGUGGCCAGUGUGGGUGCCUGGACGGGGGCCAUGGGUAACUGGUCCAUGUUCACCUGGUGCUUCUGCUUCGCCGUGACCCUCAUCAUCCUCAUCGUCGAGUUAGGAGGGCUCCAGGCCCGCUUCCCCCUGUCCUGGCGCAACUUCCCCAUCACCUACGCCUGCUAUGCUGCCCUCUUCUGCCUCUCGGCUUCCAUCAUCUACCCCACCACCUACGUCCAGUUCAUGUCUCACGGCCGCUCCCGGGACCACGCCAUCGCCGCCACCACCUUCUCCUGCAUCGCCUGUGUGGCUUACGCCACCGAAGUGGCCUGGACCCGGGCCCGGCCUGGUGAGAUCACCGGCUACAUGGCCACCGUGCCGGGCCUGCUCAAGGUGCUGGAGACCUUCGUGGCCUGUGUCAUCUUCGCCUUCAUCAGCAGCCCCUACCUGUACCAACACCAGCCGGCCCUGGAGUGGUGCGUGGCCGUCUAUUCCAUCUGCUUCAUCCUGGCAGCCGUGGCCAUCCUGCUGAACCUGGGUGACUGCACCAACAUGCUGCCCUUCCCCUUCCCCAGCUUCCUCUCUGGGCUGGCCCUGCUCUCUGUCCUCCUCUACGCCACCGCUCUGGUCCUCUGGCCCCUCUACCAGUUCGACGAGAAGUAUGGCGGCCAGCCCCGGCGGUACAGGGAUGUGAGCUGCGGCAGUCAGCACACCUACUACGUGUGUUCCUGGGACCGCCGCCUGGCUGUGGCCAUCUUGACAGCCAUCAACCUGCUGGCUUACGUGGCCGAUCUGGUGUACUCGGCCCGCUUGGUUUUUGUCAGGGUCUGAGGCUCUGCCCAGGGGCUCCUGACUCCCUCUUCUCACUGGAGGUUCUCUGCCAAGUUCUGACGUCCUCUGAUGUCCUCUUCCUGGUCCCCUCUUUCCUAGGCUUCCCACAUCCUUCCCAACUCAUCCGGCUUUCUUUCCUCUUUCCUUCACUUCUCCUGCUCUUUUUCCCCUCCUAUUUUGCUGGGUUGCCCAGGUCCUGUUUUGCCCCUUUCUCUUCCCUCUCUCUUCUCCAUUUUCUCCUGUUUCUGGCUCUUUUCUGGUCAUCCUGCCACUUUCUUCAUCUUCCUAUUUCCUGACCACCUCUUCCUUUUUCCCUUCUGAUCCCUCGGGAGCCCUGAGAUUUCUUCCUCCUCUGCCCCACCGCCCCCUCCCACCUCCAAAGGUGCUGAGCUCCACAUCACACACCCCAUUUGCAGCUGUUCAUACCCUGGGCCUCCGGAGGGGCCUCAUUGCCAAAGCAUGCCUGCCCGCCCUGCUUGUGCCUUAGUCGGUGUGUGUGUGUAUGUGUGUGUGUUUGGGGGUGCGGUGGGGUGGGUAACUAGGGAUUGGGCCUCCUUUCUCCCAGCAGAGCGGGGUGUCCAGUGCAUCUCCGCUUCAAGUUAAAAAACAAAACUCUAGAGGUCAAUAAUUUCCAAUGGGCAGAAGCCUUAAAGCAUAGACCCUGGGUCCCUAGGCCCCACCUGGUGCUCAGCCUCACCUGAGAUUGGCUCCAGAAUUUUUGCCAGGCUUACUAGAACCCCACUGCCUCGAUGCCAUCUUAAAGGAGGCGAGGGGUGGAUACCUUCCAUCCCAACUACUCUGGGGUAUCAGAAAGGAGCCGGCAAAGAACUGCAUGGUCUUGAAGAAAACUGAAGUAUUUGUGAGGGGCAGCGAUGUGGCCUUCCAGUCUCAGUGUUAAAAACAGCAUCUCCAUCCUCUGCAGGGAGGAAGGAAUAUGGCCACUGCCAGCCUUAAAGGUGAUGCUAGCCUGGGUUUUUUCCUUUACUUUUUUCUGGUCAUGAGGGCCAACAAUUACUGGACGGCUCUGUUCUUAAAAGGGAAGUUUCUUUUCAAAAAAAACUUGGGGGGGGGUGGGCUGGGGGGCUGGGAACUGCUACUGUGCCACAGUCAAAGGAACUGCAUUGCCUGAGUGUGUGGUGCACACACACAUGUCUUUCUGUGUGCUAGUUGCUUUCUGCUGCUGCUUCCUGCUUCUCUGGGACUCACAUGCAUAACAUGAUCUAUAUAAAUGUAUAAAUAUAUAUUUUAUUUUUUUUUAAUUCCUCGGAGCUUCUGGUUCCCAUCAGCCCCCGCUGUCAAUCAUAGAGAGAAGCUUUGUCCCUUCUCCCACAUCUGUAAUGUUCGUUUUUUAAAAAACCUCAACAUAAAGAUAAAAGAAAGA